AAGCAGCAAACACAAAGCUGCUGCGGCCCCCAGAAGCCCCGCUGCAGCGCUGGGGCCCCCGGCGGGCGGGGGGCCCCCCAAAGAGGGGGGGCCCCUGAAGGGGCCCCAGUGCAGCAGCAGCAGCAGCUGCUGCAGCAGCGAGGAGGCCCUGCAGCAGGGAAGCCCCUCCAUCCACGAAACCCUCGAGUGCGUUCUCUCCAGAUCCAUCAGAUCUUGUUUAGAAGAACAAGAAGCAAAAGGGGGUUUCUUUCCCGUGGGGGCCCCCCUUGUGGACUCCAUCAAAGCUGCUGUUGCUGCUGCUGCUGCUAGUCUGCAGGAAACGGACGAGAACUGCGCAGCACCCACGCAGCCUCUUGCUGCUGCUCUUUGGGAGGACCCGGGGGGCCCCCUCCAGGAGCCGGGGAGGGGGGCCACCCAGGCUGAGGGGGGCCCCCUGGGGGCCCCCGGCGGCUGCGCCAAGCGCUGCAGGCAGGAGGCCGGGGCUGCUGCUGCUGCUGCUGCUGCUCCUGCCUUUGCUGCUUCUCCUGAACCCAACUACAAAAGACUUCGACAUCUCCUAAAUGCUGCUACAGCUCCUCCGCCUUCUCUUUCUUGCCCCCUGCCCACUUUGCUGUCGCAGGAAAGGGCAGAGGGGGCCCCCAAGGGGGCCCCUGUCCCGGGGGCCACCCCAGGGGCCCCCAAGGGGGCCCCCGUAGGGGGGCCCCCUCCAGUGGCCCCCAAGGGGGCUCCUCAACCCGCAGGAGGCCCGCAGCAGCAGGAGGGGGGUGACAGGGAGCUGGGGGCCCCAAGCUUACAGGAAGUGAGGGGAGCAGCAGCAGAAACUGCUGCUGCUGUUGCUGCUGCUGCUGGCGGUGCUGCAGCAGCAGAGACGACGAGCGAAAAGCUGAAGGGAACUGUGUGCGUGUAA